AUGGGCCUCAAAUUCUGGAGAUUCCUCAGAGCCAUACUCUUCAGGCAACUCUCAGAUUGGAUCCCAGCACGACCGCAUGUCCACGAUCUCGAGAUCAGGAUCGCUGGAAGCAGCCAGCAUGUCAAGAAGGGGAAGCAGAAAGCAUCCGUCAUUCAGAGUGCACAGGUGGUGAAACCAGUGCCUUGGACACCAGAAGAAAAGAGGGAAUGGGAGGAAAUGCUUGUCCAGUUGACCGCUUCAGCUGAUUUCUCAUUGUCAUGGGUCAAGAAUCCAGUCUGGGAAGCAAUCCGAGACAAAUUUAUUCCUCAAGCGCCCGUCGUUAUGUGGAAGGUGCUGACAAAUCGUCUCCAUCACUUAGCCAAUGAUAUACGCACGAAGGUGAAGACAAAGGUUGAAGGCAAGGAAGUGACGCUACAGGGAGAUGGUUGGACUGGUUUAAACAACCACCAUCUCAUUGCCUUCAUGGUGACUUGCGAUAAGGAGGUUCAUACUGUCAAAGUCCACGAUGCCUUGGGAGAGCGCAAAACUGCUGAAGUUCUUCUUGACGAGCUUGAGAGAGUUCUAUCAACUCUUCAAAAUGAAUGGGGGGCUGUUGUUGUUGGACUUGUCACUGAUGCGUCUGGGGAAUCACGCAAAGCCCAGCGCCUAUUUGCAUGCAAGUAUCCUCACAUCAUUGUCCUCAACUGCUAUGCACAUCAGAUUAACCUUAUUGUUGGCGACUUUUUCAAAAGCCAGUCAGGGCUUCUUGAAUAUAUGGAGAUGGCCACCAAGCUCAUAAAGGGGUUGAGAAGCAAGACAUGCAUCCUACAUUAUCUGCCAUAUGUGGUCCUUUGA